UUAAUCACAAUUGCAAAACAAACAAACAAAAAAGCAAAAAAGAAAAAGAAAGAAGAGGCUUCAUUCAUUCAUUCAUUUUGGAAGCGUGAAAAUCAAGCCUACUGGCCUAGCCUUACAACCCCGUCGCUCACUCGAUUCACAAACUAGCUUUGGUUUAGCUAAGUAGAAGAUUCUCUGGUUUUUGUACGUUGGGUUUUCUCGUCUUCUCAGAAGCAAAACAGCAACCAGGAGAAGACACACAGGCACUGUGGAAGGGAGAGAGAGAGAGCAAUGGCAGCAGAACCCACUGCCCAAGAAAGCCGAUCGAGGGACCUCGACAAGCUCCUCCUCCGAACCGGCAAUCUCGUCGGACCCACCUUCGAACCCGGUCCCGCACUGAGAGAUGACCUCAAAGAGUACGGGAGAGUGUUGGUGGUUGGGGCUGGUGGGUUGGGCUGUGAACUGCUCAAGGACUUGGCUUUAUCUGGUUUUCGAAAACUUGAGGUUAUAGACAUGGAUCGCAUCGAGGUUUCUAAUCUCAAUCGCCAGUUCCUUUUCAGACUUGAAGAUGUAGGUAAGCCAAAGGCUGAGGUGGCUGCAAAACGUGUCAUGGAAAGAGUUAGUGGUGUAAAUAUUGUUCCACAUUUUUGCCGGAUUGAGGACAAAGAGCUUGAAUUUUAUAGCAAAUUCAGCAUUAUUGCCCUCGGUCUUGAUUCCAUUGAGGCUCGGAGCUACAUAAAUUCUGUUGCUUGUAGUUUUCUUGAGUAUGAUUCUGAUGAUAGUGCACUAGAAGAAACAAUCAAACCUAUGGUAGAUGGUGGGACUGAAGGUUUUCAGGGACAUGCUAGGGUCAUUGUGCCAGGGGUCACUCCAUGCUUUGAGUGUACCAUCUGGCUUUUUCCACCUCAAGUGAAGUUCCCUCUAUGCACCCUUGCAGAAACCCCUAGAACUGCUGCUCAUUGUAUUGAAUAUGCUCACUUAAUUAAAUGGGAUGAGGUACAUAGCGGUAAGGCCUUUGAUCCAGAUGAUCCAGAGCAUAUGAAGUGGGUCUACAAUGAGGCUACCAAGAGAGCUGAGCUUUUCGGUAUUCCCGGAGUUACAUAUUCCCUUACUCAGGGUGUUGUGAAGAACAUCAUACCAGCUAUUGCUUCCACAAAUGCGAUUAUAUCAGCUGCAUGUGCGCUAGAAACAUUGAAGAUUUUAUCGGGAUGCAGCAAAACCCUGUCAAACUAUUUAACGUAUAAUGGUGCAGAAGGUCUCCACACUAAAGUGACUGAAUUUGUCAAGGACAAAGACUGUCUUGUAUGCGGCCCAGGUGUUCUUAUUCAGCUGGACACCUCAAUUACUUUGGAAAAGUUCAUUGAUCUACUUAAAGAUCACCCUAAAUUGCAAUUGUCGAAAGCAAGCAUCACACAUAGAGGGAAGAGUCUGUACAUGCAGGCGCCACCCGUACUAGAAGAGAUGACCAGAUCAAACCUAAGCAUACCACUCUUUGAUCUAAUUGGUAAAAUUCCCAAAGAUGUUGUCCAUGCGACUGGUACAACUACCAAGAACGACAAGAAAACUUCGUGUCUGAGAAAGCUACGAGUUGUUUUCAAGGGAGUUGAUGGGAUUGCAGAUAUGGAUACAGCAGGCGAGACAUAAGUUUUUCCCUUGAUGUAACUAAAGACCAACUCACAAAGCUUUUGAAGAUUCUCUCCCUGAAACUAUUGAAGCAAGAAGCGGAAUUGGUGAGGCAAGGUUUGAAUACCAUUCUAAAAUGUAAAUUUUUUCUUCGAAUAUAUGUCUUUGAAGAUCAUUGAUCUUUUAUUAUCACCAUGAGAGCAAUGAGAUUUUACAGUUUCAAGUUGCCCUCAGUAAAAUUGUUUGGAUGGGAAUGUGUUUUGGAUGAGAGAUUCACGGUUAUGUUAUGAAUUCCUGUUGUCAAUCA